AUGACCAGCGUUCUCAGCGUCGCUUCGUCCUCGUCGUCGCCCUCUCACUACAGUUCCGCCGCCAGCAACAACAGCGUUCCACCGUCACCCUCGAUUCAUUCACAUCGCUCAGCUCUUUCGUCGCGAUCCUCAUUGCUCGACGGGUCCUUGGAAAAGGACGAUGACGAAAACGUCACUAUCACAUCGAAUCGGCUAGCAGGAGCAACAGCGAGUACGAGUUCAAGUCCCAAAGAGCACCACAAGGACCAGAGCAACGAUGAUUUACGCCUACUCGCUAUCUCUACCCACAUCACAGAACUAUCCUAUGCCAUUUCCGACAUCCAGACACGAAUCUUCGAAAUCCAGGAACUGCGCCACAAAUCCCAAUCUCAGUCUCACUCCUCCGACACCAGCUCCCCAAGUUCGAAGGAUACGAAUGUGUCGAAUAUCAUCGACCAGUCGUUGAUGAGCCUUGAUGAGCGACUCGAGUCAGUUGAGAAGGGGAUCAAGGCCGUUGCUGAGAACAUCGAACCCUACACAUCCCCUACAGCCCCAACCCCGACCACAGCGAACACGGUAACACAGUUCUCGGCACCCACGCCAACUGCCACCAACUCUUCAUUUCCCAGCGGACACUCUGCUGAAGUUGCCGCGUUACUUCGGAAGCAUGCCGCAUUGCUCCAGGACUGGGAAGCUGUUCAGGACGAGAGUGAUGUACUUCGGGAGGAACUUAAGGAGGACAAAUGGUUAACUGUGUUCAGGACUGUAACCGACCAAGCGGAUGGGAUGAUGAGCAGUCUGGAGAAAGCGGUUAAUCGGUGUCAAGACUUUAUCUACCAAGUGCACAAUCCACGUCCUGGCAUUACAUCAGAAGAAUUCUUCUCUUCCUCUUCAAGCCCUGAGCGGCCACAAGUCAACCUUGAUACGUUCCAUUCCCUGCUUGAAUCCUAUGAGGCGAAGAAGAAACAUUACAUGCCUGCCACGUCCAAGGUUCUUGCCAUUAUCGACCGAGGUGUACGCGACCGUGUGACGAAGAACGGAGAAACCCUUCGACGACAUUCUGAAUCAGCACAACGGUGGAAGACACUUCGUGACCGGAUAGCACGGACAGACGCGGAAUUGGAGAAGGUUCGAAAGAUCCUACUCAAUUCCGAUUCAACGGGGAGCGAGAACGACUCUAGCACCUCUGGAACCAACCCAUCAACAGGAAGGACAGGCUAUCUCGCCACUCCACCAAACUCGCAACGUUCCAAGCUCGAGAAGGCCGAGAAAGGUGGACUCUCAAGGUCGAUCUCGCCCUUCAGGAAAUUUGCGCGGAAGAUCACUGGCAGCGGCAGGUCCAGCAAUGCAGGUGCCACUCCCGCAAGUCCGAAUACUCCUGCUGUUGUAAGCCCUCUUUCGGUUACGAAGAAGACCAAGUCCCCGCCUGUAGCGGCGACAGUAAGUGCCCCUCCUACGCAGACACUGAGGAGACAACGAACGUCCCUGUUUGCCACUGUCAAGAGCCAUGAUCCUCACACCCCCGAACGACCUGGCCACAAACACAGUAUGAGCGUCACACCAGAGUCUUCUCCUCGUGUCAUGGACACCGCGGCUUCGGUGACGAAGACGUUUUCCGGCUAUAGCACGACCAUGGGGAAGUCCCGCACCUCAUUGUCCACUACUGGCACCCCCUCUUCUUCAAAACCGAGCUGGAACAGCAGUACCAAGGUUGAAGACGAGAGGAAGAUUACGACGAGAACGCCAGGUCGAACUUCACGACCCCCUUCUGCGACUGGCAUGUACAAGUCCUUCAGUAGCAUGGGUACGGGCAAUGAUGUACCGCCGGUACCACCGCUCAAUCCCACGGGGACGCCAUAUCGUCGCAGCGUUUCCAGGGCUUCCGUAACGUCUUCAAGACCGUGGUCCCCACUUGGCUCUUCCACCUCACACUCGUCCUCUGCUCAGAACGGACUCCCCAUCUCCGUGACCAGCAGCGCUGGCUCAUAUUCCAAUGGAUAUAGAGCCGGUUCCCGCCCUCCAUCACGAGCCCAGACCCCAUCCCGGAUGGUCAGCAAUAGCACUGCGCUGUCCAUGGCCACUACUCCCAGAGCAAGGCCAAAGACCCCGUCACAUAUCCCCGGACCAGGAAAGUCGAGAUCCAUCUCUUCUUCGGCAGCGGUGAGAUCAUCAGACUGGAGCCCUGGUGACAUGUACUCGCCCGAGAACUACAACCGUGCCCUGUCUCCAACCUUCUCUGUCUCUGGACAAAGUGCUAGCGGACAUGUGACACAUCCGCCACGGCCACCUAGUCGGUCCAUGAUUCCUAUUCCAUCUGUCCACCUCAGCGCAACGAGCCCUGGUGCAAGAUCGACUUCCUCGAUGUCGCACGUCCCAGGUGGUUACGCGUACAAUCGCUCCGGAGCAGAGAGUCCAACUCUUCGGAUGGCCCAGUUCAAGGCCAACGCAAGAAGAUCGCAGACGCCCGACCUGUUGAUGAUGAGCCCAAGUGCUAGUGGGAGUAGCAGUCGGAAUAAAGCACCCCCAUCUAGUUUCCGCGAUGGGAGUGCUAAUGGCACACCCUCAUCGAGACCGAGCUCUCGUGCCGGAGCACAUACCCCAAGUUUCAGCAUGUUCGACAAUAGCUCCAAGUUGAGCUUGAGCGGAGAUGCUGGAAACUUUGGGUUCGAGUAUGUGGUUGGGAACCCCCACGAUCCCUUGGACGUCGAAGUGGGGAAGGUGGUUAACAGUAUCCCUCAUGGGAUGAUCAUCGAGCGUGUCGACCCACCUUUGAAGAAACCGCCUAAAGCUGGUGAAGAGGUGAAAGCACAAUAUGCGUUCUCGAGCGCUUUGGGGAGGAAGGUGAUUACUUGCCGGUUAACCACCUUGACCCGGGCAACUAGGGUCCCUGCGACCGAGGGAGAAGAUGGUGCAGAUGGUGGCAAGGCGAGGGUGACGAUGGUGACGACGAAGAAAGUGAUGUGCCGUGUUGGAGGAGGUAAGCUGGUCUAG